CGGCUCGGCUCGCGCGGCCUCCCUUCCCGGGAGGCGGGGUCGGCGCCGCGGCGGCGGAGGCAGGCCCCCUCCUCCUUCCUCCUCGGCCGGCCUCCUUCCUCGGCCGCCCGCUCUCUCGGCCGCGCCGACGCCAGCAGCGCCCGCGUGCCGCCCGCCCGCCCGGCCCCGGCGGAGCCCGUGCAAGUUUCCGGGCCGCGCGCCCCUCGCUCGCCUCGCCGCCCGCGGCCCCCGCCGCCGCCGCCGCGCCGCCAUGCCCUCGGCCAAACAAAGGGGCUCCAAGGGCGGCCACGGCGCCGCGAGCCCCUCGGAGAAGGGCGCCCACCCGUCGGGCGGCGCGGAUGACGUGGCGAAGAAGCCGCCGCCGGCGCCGCAGCAGCAGCCGCCGCCGCCCGCGCCGCACCCGCAGCAGCACCCGCCGCAGCACCCGCAGAACCAGGCGCACGGCAAGGGCGGCCACCGCGGCGGCGGCAAGUCCUCGGCCGCCGCCGCCGCCGCCUCGUCCUCGGCGACCUGCUCGCGCAGGCUCGGCCGGGCGCUCAACUUUCUCUUCUACCUCGCCCUGGUGGCGGCGGCCGCCUUCUCGGGCUGGUGUGUCCACCACGUCCUGGAGGAGGUCCAGCAGGUCCGGCGCAGCCACCAGGACUUCUCCCAGCAGCGGGAGGAGCUGGGCCAGGGCUUGCAGAACGUCGAGCAGAAGGUACAGUCUCUGCAAACCACAUUUGGGGCUUUCGAGUCUAUCCUGAGAAGCUCCCAACAUAAGCAAGACCUCACAGAGAAAGCAGUGAAACAGGGGGAGAGUGAGAUCAGCAGGAUCGGSGAAGUUCUGCAAAAACUCCAGAACGAGAUCCUCAAAGACCUCUCUGACGGCAUUCACGUGGUGAAGGAUGCGCGCGAGCGGGACUUCACGUCCCUGGAGAACACAGUGGAGGAAAGGCUGACGGAGCUCACCAAGUCCAUCAAUGACAACAUCGCCAUCUUCACUGAGGUCCAGAAGAGGAGCCAGAAGGAAAUAAAUGACGUGAAGGCGAAGGUCGCCUCUCUGGAAGAAUCCGAGGGGUACAAGCAGGACCUGAGAGYCCUGAAGGAUGCGGUGAAAGAGAUACAGACCUCUGCGGAGUCCAGGGAGAGGGACAUGGAGGCCCUGAGAAGCUCCCUGCAGACCAUGGAGUCUGAUGUCUACACCGAGGUCCGGGAGCUGGUGAGCCUCAAGCAGGAGCAGCAGGCGUUCAAGGAGGCGGCGGACUCGGAGCGCCUGGCCCUGCAGGCCCUCACCAAGAAGCUCCUGCAGUCCGAGGAGUCCACCUCCCGCCUCCCGGAGGAGAUCCGGAGGCUGGAGGAGGAGCUCCGCCAGCUGAAGGCUGAGUCCCACAGGCCGGAGGAAGACGGGUCCUCCAGAACCCCCGACGCCUUAGAUGCGCUCCAGAAAGAGAGUCGGGGUCUGGACUCCAGGCUCCAGAACUUAGAGGAUGAAGUCCAAUCCGUGCAAGUGGCUUCUGCACGCCAGACCGAUAGCCUGGAGUCGCUCCUGACCAAGAGCCAGGAGUACGAACAGCGCCUGGCUGCGCUGCAGGAGCACCUGGAAGGCCUGGGGUCCUCGUCCGAGGCAGACAAGGACAGCCUGGCUGGCACCGUGAGGAGCCUGGGGGAGGCCCAGCUGGCGCUCUACGGCGACGUGGAGGAGCUGAAGAGAAGCGUGGGCGAGCUCCCCAGCACCGUGGAAUCGCUGCAGAAGGUGCAAGAGCAGGUGCACGCGCUGCUCAGUCAGGACCGAGCCCAGGCCCAGGCCGCGCGUCUGCCCCCUCAGGACUUCCUGGACAGACUCUCUUCUCUAGACAACCUGAAAUCCUCAGUGAGCCAGGUGGAGUCGGACUUGAAAAUGCUCAGGACUGCUGUGGACAGUUUGGUAGCCUACUCGGUCAAAAUCGAAACCAACGAGAACAACUUGGAAUCAGCCAAGGGUCUACUAGAUGACCUGAGAAAUGAUCUGGAUAGGUUGUUUGUGAAAGUUGAAAAGAUUCACGAAAAAAUCUAAGUGAAUUGUGUGKCCAGGGCGCGGAUUUAUAGUCCAUUUUCUCAUGACCAAAAAAAUGUGUUGUUUCCUCCCAUGUGCCCUCCCCCCCCCAAGAGCAGUGGACACCACCUGAACACCAAGGCAUUGCAUUCUGUGCCCAGUUAAUUUAUUUGCAAUCCUUACCACACACCAUUGGUUUCUUAAGUCCUCUGCUUCUGCUUUGGGUUGUUUCCUGAAGGCCCAGCCCCGGUGCACAAGAGGUGGCUUUUAAAAGGGAUGUGUCUAGUGUCAGAAAAAUGACAGUGGCUUCAAUUGAGGAUUAACAGAAGCAGAUUAACCUUCAGAUACCCUGUCUGGCUGGCAGAUUUCAAGUUACCAAAAAAAAAAAAAAAA